AGUGCCCUGCCAACUGCUACAGCAAACAAAAAACAGGCACUGACGUCCCUCUCCACUGAGAUGAUGGAGCUGCUUAGAUCACUACAUGUACAUACCCUUAAAGAUGAAGAGAUUCUGCUCCUCAAAGACCCCAAAAGGCCCUUUGAGAGAAAAGAUAGUGUUUCUCAGGCAUAUUCAAGAGUCUUGUGCAUAUUGAGACAUAGCCCCACUCCUCAGAUUAGUGUUUGCAGCAUGCUGGGGUUGUUGGCUCGAUACACAGCUGGGAUAAGGUAUGCACUGGAGUUACAGGUUCUGCAGAGGGGCAUCUCAGAAGCAUGCCAAGCUGAGGAUGAUGACACCAAUCAAUCUGUCUCUUCUAUCGAAGAGGACUUUGUUACUGCUUUUGAGCAUCUUGAAGAGGAAGAUACAGGUGCCCGUAGUCAGAGGAAUCAAAAGAAUGUGGCAUCCCAGACUGUUCCCUCGCAUUUAAGAGACUUAUCUGGAACUCGGAUUAUUAUAAGUUCCAUACCGAGGAAGUCGUUGCGCAAGGAAAAGGCUGCCUCAAAAGUGUCAGAAACUGUCCAGAAGUCAACACCGUGGCCCGCAAGUUCUGAGAGCUCAUAUGCACUUAGCAGUCUUCCAAAGGGACGCGCUACUUCCACAUCCCUCACAGAGUCAGAUGAGUCAGACUGCUCAAGUCCCAGCCCUAUUAUAUUCCUGGAUGAAGUUGGAUAUCAGAAGAGUCUUAAAGCAAAACUUGACAUUCCCAAGAUCCCUGUUUUAAAGGAUGGAGUAGAAGACUCUGACUCAGAAGUCAGUGAAUUUUUCGACAGCUUUGAUCAGUUUGAUGAACUAGAGCAGUCUUUUGAUUCCAACAUCAAGGUCCUUAAAGAACAGCCCCUCCCUGGUCAAACACAGAAGCAUGUUGACAACUCUGGUUGUAAAUUUGUAUCAAGGGGGUGCUCAACCACAGCAAUGAACCCUCAAAAGUUUGAUCAUAGGACUCUUCCAGCCAAUGUCAAGAAACCAACUCCACUUAAACCAGGAUCACCGUACAGUAUUCACUCUGAUUCACCAGAUUCCCCACGGCCUGCGAGGACUCCCUGCAAGGAAAGCGGGCCGCUCUUCAGUCCAGUUCGUUCAUCUGCAUUUAGCCCACUGGGAGAAGGAGGGUCCUUAGAGUAUUUUUGGAAGGCAGAUGGAGAUGGCUCAGAAUUAUGUAAACCACAGGAUCUUUGCUCGCUGUACAAAACGUACUCUGAUUUUGCCAACAACCUGUCAAAAGAAAUCCUUGGAUCUGUCUGUGGGUACUCAUCCCCUGUUGAUUUUAACAUUAAUAAGAACUUGAGCUGUGUGUGUCAUAAGGAGUUCAAAAACACUAAUGGGCAUCUAAUGAAGCUUUCAGACAUCCAGGAGACAGUCACCAUCACCAAAUCCCAAUCACAGUCUCUUAAGGAUGGGAUUCAGAAGUUUGCUACAGACUUGGUUGAAAUGAGCCUUGGAAGUGCCUUAAAGGACUUGCAGAAAGGUGUGUCCUCCUGUACCACUACACUUUGCCAUUUGACUGCAAGGCUGACUUCUUCAGUAUUUCAAAUGGCCUUUCAUGAGAUAGGUAUGCGCCAUGCAUAUGUGUUAAAAGAGCAUGCCAUAAACGGUCUAGCCAGUUUCCUAGUAGGAGAAGCCAUUUCUGGAGCCCUCAAAGAGUUUCUCUUUGUGAAAAAGCAGAUUUUCAACAAUACUGUCACACGAUUUGCUGCAGAUCUUGCUGAGGAAUUAGUGUUUGAAGGAAUUAUGGAGGUUUGCCAGUUUUCGCAGCCCUCAACACCACUCACGCCAAGUGACUGGUCGUUUGAGCAAGAGGAGGAAGUGGUUUCGUCCUACGCCUCUGACCUGUCGGAGUCUGUUCUCCAAGAGGCUUUUAUAGAGCUCUCACAAACUGAUGUGACUUUCACUACACAGGCAGCUAUCAGUGUGUCAGUAGACAACAUUUGCUAUGUGAGUGCUGAAGAUAGUUCUCUCGUCACAAAAACCUGCAGUGCCCAAACUAGCUAUCUUGGUUCUCAGGCCGCCGUUGAGGCUGUAAAUCAAGAGCAGGAUGGUUGCACAGUGAAGAAAGCCUUGUAUUGCAUGUCAGGUAUGGCCAGUUGUGUUCCAGUUCCUGUGGCUGGCAAGGUCAUAGCCCAUGUGCACAACUCCGAUGAACCUUCUCCGUAUAAAUCCAGCAUUGGUCACGUAUGUCAGACCAUUCCUAAAAGAACCAUUUGUUGCCAAGGGGAAGUGGCAUCCUCAACCUCAGAUACCUCUGAAGCAACUCCGACUGAAUCAUCACUAGGUCCUGCAAGAAUCCAGGAUGCCAGUGGUGGGGAAGUUGUUGGCAAUCCAUCCGUUGAAAAUGAUUCCGGCAAACCCUCGAUUGGAAAGACUUUUCAGAACUUUUCUGGGAAUAUGGUGGACACUAUAGUAGGUGAGGCAUUCAAUCUUAUGCAUUCUUCAACAAAAGUAAAGAAGAAAGUAGAGGAUUGUGCAGACUCUUUGAGCAAAACAAUAGCAGUUCGCAUAUCCACUCCAAGCCAUGGAAGUGGUAAUUCACAUGAUGUAUCGACUGAGAGAGGUCCCUCUCAGAUUCCCUUUCACUUGAUGUCAAAGGGCUCUUGUGACCCAUCCUCCAGAAGUGUACGUCCAGUCUCCAGGCUCACCCAAGAGGUCCGUUCUGUAAUGAGAAUGGACACAUUGGAAGUGCCCACUUUUGAAGUUGCCUCAUGUGGUGGUAGAAAAGUCGGUGCAGAUGAUUUUUCAAGCAGCAACUCUGGAACAAAAUCGUCUGAAAUCCCUAGCACCCCACCCUCAAGUCCUCAGCAGCCAUCAGACGAGUACAGUGAGAAACAGAUCAGACAGUUCUCGAAGAAGCUCAAAGGUACGCUUGCAAAAGAAUUUUCUCCUGCGACUCCUCCACCCACCCCUUAUUACCUGCCUGCCACCGACACCAAAGAAGAAGGUUCCAUUUCAGACAAGGCCGAUUUUAUGCUGAAACUCAUUAGGUCUCUCUCUGAAGAAGCUGGCAGCAAUGAAGAUGAGGAGGAGGACCAGGAAGAUAACCCUCACUCUAGAAACUGCCAAGCAGAGUUGAAUCCCAACGUCAGGAGCCGAAUGAUCGAGAGGAGUGCGCUUCAUUAUGCAGAGCGUUUAGCGUGCCACAUUGUUUCCAUGGCCACUGAGAUGGACACAUUAAGCCUUGGAGAUGUGAAGAAGCCAGUGGGUGACGAAAGCAAGGGCAGUGUUGCCUUGCAUUGCGCACAGUUCUCAGAGCAGACUUUAAAUUCUUUGUGGACAUACGCUGGAGAAGUGGCUGGAGAAGUCAUCAAUGAUGUCAAGAAGAUGAUGAGUUCAAGCCACUGUCGUCACAAAACAAUAAAAAGAGGAUCUGUGAACUCUGCAGACAAACGUCAGAGUGGAGAUGGUCUUUUGGGAAAUUUGACUUGUCAGUGGCCUGGUGACAUCCAAGUGAGUGGCAGUUCAAGUGGGAUGUCAUCAGAGUAUCCAAGUUGCGAGAGUGUCACUGAUGAAUAUGCAGGAUACCUCAUUAAGGUGCUCAAGAAAGAGGGAGGCAACCGAGAGCUUAUAUUGGAUCAGUACGCCACUCGCUUGGCGUAUCGAUCUAUUAAAUCUGGCCUGGCUCAUGCAGCUCGAAAAAUAAAGCAGAGAUCUCCUUUGAGGCUUCACUCAUCUAGGCGUUUACACUAUGAUCGUAGUCCUGAUGUUUCCCAAAUUCCCAUAUCCAAGUCAUCCCACGCUGCACUUACUGAUGGAAAAGAUGGAUUCUCUUGUGAAUCUCUGCCAUGUGCUUGUCAAGACGUUCAAGACCUGAGCAGUAAUGAAUAUGUAGAACUUGUGAACUUUGCAGAGUCGCUGGCCUACAACAUCACAUGUGACGUUACGAGAAAGCUGAGAAUGAGCUCAGUUAGACUGCCAAAAUCGCUCACUGAUUCUUGCCUCUACAGGAAAUCCACUAUUGAGGACAUGCCGGAAAAUCUCAUCAAAAAUAAAUUUUCAUGCUCUCUUUUACCUUGCACAGAAACUAACAGGCUCUACCAUAGUACAAGCAGCUUAAAUGAUGGCAAAAGCAACAAUGAUGUAAUGCAAGUGAUUGAACAUUAUGCCAGGAAAAUUGUUGAUGAUACUUUGGAAAUAACGCUGGGUCCAGCAUGUGUUCAGGCAGCGGGGGACAGGAGGGCACUUGAAAGCAAUUCCUUCACAGAAAAGCUGGCUGAGGCAUAUGAAGCCUGUCGAUACUGCCAAGGACGAGAUUGCCUGUUUUGCAGUAGAGACGGUCGUCGUGGUUUCCAGGGACUGAAAAUAAGGAGGCAACGAGAAUCGGAUGCAGUGACUGGACUGGAAAUCCCAAAAAUACACAUUGAUUUGGAAAAAAGAGCAGCUUUUGCUGAAGAAAUGGUGUCCAGUGCCAUUGAGAAAGCCAAAAAGGAACUGAGCUGCACCAGUCUGAAUGCAGACAGUGGGAUCGGUCAUGAUGGCGCAAGCUUUGCAGAAAGUCUCACCACAGAGAUUAUGACAUCCGCAUUGUCCAACGUCUGCCAAACCAUCAAUCUUGGGUAAAGUGACACAGCUUUCACAGAAUCAU